AUGGAUCAAGCCUGGUCCCGUGGUUUGUGGUUUCUGGGCCGCGCUUUCACAAAGAAACGCAUCAGACGAUCUUUCAUGCCGCGGUGCGCCGUCUCGUGGCGCCCCUCUGGGCCCGCAGCACUCGUCCUGGUUCAUGUGCUCGUGCCUCUCGUGCAGCGCGGCGCAGAGGCGACAACCGCCGCCGCAGGGGGCAGCGAGAGGCUCGUGGUGGAGGUUGAUCAGGAGGGGCGGCCCUCCACGGUGGCCAGGGCCCCAAUGAUGCGCCGGGCGGGCGACUCCCCCAUGGAGGGCGAGAACGAGUACUCGAGCGGCUCGCUCAUGGAGGGCGAGGGCGAGGACGAGGACGAGCGCGGCUCGCUCGGCCACAGGGUUGACGAUGGUGAUUCGCUCAUGGAGGGCGAGGGCGAGGGCGAGGAUGGCUGGCUGCUAGAGGACAGGGGCGAGGACGGCUCGCUGCUGGAGGGCGGGGACGACGAGUCCUCGGCAAGGAGGCGCGGCAGCUCGCGGCGCAGGCGUAGGCGCCGGCGCGCGGUGCCUCAGCCUCGGCCUCAGAAUCGGUCUCAAACACAGUACGGUUACAUGCCAUACCCUGGCCAGUGCGCGGACUCCAAGAAGAAGGACCUUCAGACGUCAGUACAAAAAGGCGUCAACGACUUGGCAAAGUGCCAGGGCCUCUGCUCGGCAAACCCCAGGUGCUCUGCUGCGGAAUGGUACGCCAAAAGUUGGUUAUUUUCUCGGUGUCACCUUGUACUGGGGACCACGCCCGCUGUGCAAGGUGUCAAGCGCAUCUUGUCCCUCGCCGCCACAUGUUUCGUCAAGAAGAGCGUCCCGAUCCCGACGCCGAAGCCGACGCCAGAGCCGACGCCGGGGCUGGUUCCAGGGCCGCGGGGGGCUGUUGGGGCUGUUGGGGCUGCAGGACCUGUUGGUGAUCCUGGCCCGAGCGGAACUGUUGGCGAAAAGGGCCCUCCAGGCCCGAAGGGCGACGCCGGCGAAACCCCUGAAGUGUCGGUUGCUGGGCUGGCAACCCUUCCCAUUCUCGGUGGCACCGAAGCUCUCUUCCUGGUGGCACUCCUGGUCGCCUACUUCGCGUUCUCGUCGUCGGUGCUGGCCGGGCCCAAGGGGAGCACGAGGCAGCAGGCUGGGCAAGCCGAGGCGGUGGACGUGGAUGCGUUUCAGGCCGACGCGGGGGGCAUCGGAGAAGCGGACGGCGGGCGAGGCGACGGCGAGGCGCAUUAG